UUUAGCAACACAAGAAAGAUGAAACUUGCAGUGAUCGUAGCCGCUUGCUUGGUUGCCACAGUCGCCUGUGCGCCAACUCAACGUGCCCUUACUGAUGACUUUGACGAUUUCGUGGAAUUGCUUCCUUUGGAAGACCUGCUGAGCUUGGCCCUCCGUUACCUGGUUAGCGACAAAGAAGUCCAGCAAGUGUUGCUCUAUCUGCAAGGAAAGGAAUUUGGAAAGGUUUGGGAUCAGUUCUUCGCUCUCACGGCAGUACAAGAUUUGUUGAACUAUUUGGAGGAAGCUGGCGUUCCAGCAUACGAGUCGCUGAAUGUUGUCGCCGAUUUCUUGGGUUUGACUCCUUUGAAACCAAACGUGCGAAGUCUGCGUACGGGUGGAUUGAACGGAUUGCUUGAAGAGACCCUUGCCAUGUUGCCACUAGAGGAACUGGAGGCACUCUUUGAAGAAAAGAUGAAGACUAGCACUGAGUUCAAGGCUUUGUUCGAGAAACUGCAGAAGUUUGACCAUAAGCAGUUGAGAGACCUAUACGAGACUUCGGCUGAAGUAAAAGGAAUGGUCCAAAAGCUGCGCGAUCUCGGUGUUGAUGUUGAUCACAUUGUUGAGGUGGUCAAGGAUUUCUUCGGAUGGACGCCAACUCAACGUGCCCUUACUGAUGACUUUGACGAUUUCGUGGAAUUGCUUCCUUUGGACGACCUGCUGAGCUUGGCCCUCCGUUACCUGGUUAGCGACAAAGAAGUCCAGCAAGUGUUGCUCUAUCUGCAAGGAAAGGAAUUUGGAAAGGUUUGGGAUCAGUUCUUCGCUCUCACGGCAGUACAAGAUUUGUUGAACUAUUUGGAGGAAGCUGGCGUUCCAGCAUACGAGUCGCUGAAUGUUGUCGCCGAUUUCUUGGGUUUGACUCCUUUGAAACCAAACGUGCGAAGUCUGCGUACGGGUGGAUUGAACGGAUUGCUUGAAGAGACCCUUGCCAUGUUGCCACUAGAGGAACUGGAGGCACUCUUUGAAGAAAAGAUGAAGACUAGCACUGAGUUCAAGGCUUUGUUCGAGAAACUGCAGAAGUUUGACCAUAAGCAGUUGAGAGACCUAUACGAGACUUCGGCUGAAGUAAAAGGAAUGGUCCAAAAGCUGCGCGAUCUCGGUGUUGAUGUUGAUCACAUUGUUGAGGUGGUCAAGGAUUUCUUCGGAUGGAACUAAAUUGCAUGAGAGUAUGUUUACUAGAGCAAUGACAUAAUAAAUGAAACACAAUAAAUGAACUAUCAGCAAAUUUCAUGCUUU